AUGGAUAACAUAAUUUACUCUUAUUUAAUUAAUAAUUAUAAUAAUAAAAACAAUGAAGAGUUUUUAAAUUGUUUAUUAAUAUUAUCAAUUAAUAAUUUAAACAUUACAUUCAACCAACUUCAAGAUUAUUGUAAUAGUAUCAAUAAUUACAAAAACAAUAAUCAAAACCUUCAAAUAAAAAAAAGAAAAAAAAUAUUACAAGAAGAAGAGGAAAAAAAGCAUUUAAAUGAUUUAAAAGGAUUAAAUGAUCAGCAAUUUCAAACACUAAAUAAUCAUAUUCAAAAUUUAAAAAACACAUUUACAACCAAUAAUUCUAAUGAUGAAGUUAUAUAUAAUCAUUCAAUUACAGAUAAUAACAAUAAUAGUAAUGACACAAUUAACAAUAGAAAUAAAAGAAUUGCAUUCGAUUGUUCAAUACUUAUAAUCAUUAAAAAUAAUUUAAAUCAUCAUAUCACCAUUAAAAAUAAUGAUAAUAGUAAUAAUUUAAAUCAAUUGAUUUUAAAACCACAACCUGAUUUAAAUAAUAAAAUAAGAACAAAUCAACAAAUAGAUCAAACAAUUGAUAAUAAUUAUAAAUUAUUUAAAAAAGUUUGGGGAAAUAUAUUUAUCAGGGAUCAAAUUUUAUUUCAUCUUAGAAUAUAUAAUAAUCAUAAUCAUAGCAUUUGA